AUGGCGCACUCUGUUGUAUGCGCGUCCUUGAAUGUUCAGGGUUUGAAUGCUCUUGGAGUCCAGUUGGGCCUGUUGGAUGUUCUGCGGGAGCAACGUGUGAAUGUGACUCUCAUCCAAGAGCAUAAUGUUCAUGAUGUGUCUGUGUUGCAGUGUCUGAGUGUGCAUUAUCAUUGGGAAGUUACAGCAGAGAUUCUGACUACAGGAAAGAUACUGAUUACAGCAGAGAUGCUGACUACAACAGAGAUGCGGACUACAGUAGAGAUACUGACUACAGCAGAGAUGCAGACUAUCUUCUUCUUGAGAAGAGAUGCUGACUACAGCAGAGAUGCUGACUACAGCAGAGAUGCUGACUACAGCAGAGAUGCUGACUACAGCAGAGAUGCUGACUACAGCAGAGAUGCUGACUACAGCAGAGAUGCUGACUACAGCAGAGAUACUGACUACAGUAGAGAUGCUGACUACAGAAGAGAUGCUGACUACAGCAGAGAUGCUGACUACAGCAGAGAUGCUGACUACAGCAGAGAUGCUGACUACAGCAGAGAUACUGACUACAGCAGAGAUGCUGACUACAGCAGAGAUGCUGACUACAGCAGAGAUGCUGACUACAGCAGAGAUACUGACUACAGUAGAGAUGCUGACUACAGAAGAGAUGCUGACUACAGCAGAGAUACUGACUACAGCAGAGAUGCUGACUAUAGCAGAGAUACUGACUACAGCAGAGAUACUGACUACAGCAGAGAUGCUGACUACAGCAGAGAUGCUGACUACAGCAGAGAUACUGACUACAGCAGAGAUGCUGACUACAGCAGAGAUGCUGACUACAGCAGAGAUACUGACUACAGCAGAGAUACUGACUACAGCAGAGAUACUGACUACAGCAGAGAUGCUGACUACAGCAGAGAUGCUGACUACAGCAGAGAUACUGACUACAGCAGAGAUGCUGACUACAGCAGAGAUGCUGACUACAGCAGAGAUGCUGACUACAGCAGAGAUACUGACUACAGCAGAGAUGCUGACUACAGCAGAGAUGCUGACUACAGCAGAGAUGCUGACUACCUACCUACCUUGAGCAGAGAUGCUGACUACAGUAGAGAUACUGACUACAGCAGAGAUGCUGACUACAGCAGAGAUGCUGAAUACAGCAGAGAUACUGACUACAGCAGAGAUACUGACUACAGCAGAGAUGCUGACUACAGUAGAGAUACUGACUACAGCAGAGAUGCUGACUACAGCAGAGAUGCUGACUACAGCAGAGAUGCUGACUACAGCAGAGAUACUGACUACAGUAGAGAUACUGACUACAGUAGAGAUACUGACUACAGCAGAGAUGCUGACUACAAUAGAGAUGCUGACUACAGCAGAGAUGCUGACUACAGCAGAGAUGCUGACUACAGCAGAGAUACUGACUACAGCAGAGAUACUGACUACAGCAGAGAUACUGACUACAGCAGAGAUACUGACUACAGCAGAGAUACUGACUACAGCAGAGAUACUGACUACAGCAGAGAUACUGACUACAGCAGAGAUGCUGACUACAGCAGAGAUGCUGACUACAAUGCUGACUACAGUAGAGAUGCUGACUACAGCAGAGAUGCUGACUACAGCAGAGAUGCUGACUACAGCAGAGAUGCUGACUACAGCAGAGAUACUGACUACAGCAGAGAUGCUGACUACAGCAGAGAUGCUGACUACAGCAGAGAUACUGACUACAGCAGAGAUGCUGACUACAGCAGAGAUGCUGACUACAGCAGAGAUGCUGACUACAGCAGAGAUGCUGACUACAGCAGAGAUGCUGACUACAGCAGAGAUGCUGACUAUAGCAGAGAUGCUGACUACAGCAGAGAUGCCUAUUACAGUAGAGAUGCUGACUACACAGAGAUGCUGACUACAGUAGAGAUGCUGACUACAGCAGAGAUGCUGACUACAGCAGAGAUGCUGACUAUAGCAGAGAUGCUGACUACAGCAGAGAUGCUGACUACAGCAGAGAUGCUGACUAUAGCAGAGAUGCUGACUACAGCAGAGAUGCUGACUACAGCAGAGAUGCUGACUAUAGCAGAGAUGCUGACUACAGGAGAUAGAUGA